CGUUUUUAUGGAGGCAGUGAAAGUAAUGAUUUUCGAGUAGCAUGUGGGGUGGCACAAACCAAUAUUGGAUACAACUACAUUUGGAAAACAUUAGAGAUUCUUAAUAUUGAGCUAGUUUCUCUCUAUGAAAGACAUUCUAAAGCCAUGGACAAGGUUUUUUAUGACAAACAACGAAAAGAAAAAAAGGAAUUCAAGAGAAGGCGUAGCCAGUUAUCUAAACAAAAAACCUCGCAAACACUCAGGAAGGAAGUCAGUGAAGGGGUCACCUAUGAGUCUUCAGCAGGUCUAAAUUUGGAUCCAACAUAUCAUCAAACAGUGUCACAAAAUGUAUUUGAAAUGCCUGCAGAAAUAUCACGAACUGAGCUAAAAGGAUAUGAAGAAAUAACACCACCCUACACUAUAAGGCCAAAGAUUGUGCACUUACAAUAUGAUUCAAAACAGAAAUAUCAAUUCAUUAUCUUUGACACAGAAACGACUUGCACAGGGAAGCUAGCUGAGAUGUGCCAACUGUCAGCUGUAAGUGAAAAUGGGAAACAUGAAUUCUCCACUUACAUUCUCCCAAAAAGCAACACAAGUUAGAGUGCCUACCUUGUCAAUGGUAUGACCAUCAAGACCAUAAAAGGAGUAAGGAAAUUGUACCAAGGAAACAUUCCUGUCGAAAGUAUAACCAUAGAGGAAGCACUUCGUGACUUCCUGACUUUUAUAACUAAAGUCAAGUCUUCUGAGCGACAUGAAAAUCAAAUAACUGUUUUAAUUGGUCAUAAUUCGGCAACGUUCGAUGUCCCUAUUCUCCUAAGAAAUAGUGAUAAAAACUUCAAGGAUGGCAUUACUGACAUGAAUGUCUACUUUGCGGAUAGUCUACAUCUGAUGAAAAAACUAAUUAAAAACAAACACAAAGCACUUGAGCUCGAUUCUGGUGGAUACUGUAAACCAAACCAAAGCAGCAUUUAUAACCAUUUGUUCAAGGAACAAUUUGACGCCCAUGAUGCUUUAGAAGAUGUCAGGGCGCUGAGAAAAAUUCUUUUUUAA